CUGUUGUAGAGCCAAUGGGAGCAGGGCUGCUUAGAGUGAGUUGAACUCAGCGCAAAGUUGAGUUCUGUGUGGCCCCUGCCCGGGUAGACCAUCGCCUCGGGCUUGGUAUAGAUAGGCAGCCCCAGAUGACCACCAGACGGCUUCGCGUGGCCGUGAUCGGCGCCGGGGCCGCCGGCCUCUGCUGCGCCCGACACCUCCUGUCACGGCCUCUCGCUUUCGAGCCCCCCGUGGUGUUUGAGACAUCGGGGCAGGUGGGUGGCACCUGGGUGUAUACAGAGGGUGACUCCAACCAACACUCCAGCAUGUAUAGAGACUUAAGGACCAACCUCCCCAAAGAGAUCAUGGAGUUUCCUGAUUUUAGUUUCGCGGCGUCCCUUCCGUCCUUUAUCCAUCACGCAGAGGUGUUACGCUACCUGGAGGAGUAUACCGACAGGUUCGGGGUACGACCCCACAUCAGGUUUAAUUGUUGCGUGACAUCUGUCGCUCCUGUACUGGGAGAUGGUGACAGCAGUCGGGUGCCGUGGGAUGUGACAUCUCACGCGCGAGGGGAAGCUCACCCCGUGACGCAGAGGUUUGAUGCCGUCAUGGUGUGUGUAGGGCACUACUCCCACCCCUACGUUCCUGACAUUGCUGGGUUUGAAACCUUCCGAGGCAAAAUCCUUCACAGUCAUUUUUACCGUUACCCGGAGGUCUUCUCCUCUCGUAAUGUGGUUCUCCUGGGCGCAGGCCCCUCAGGGGUAGACAUUGCUGUGGAGUUGGCCGCCCAUGCUCGUAAGGUCACUCUGAGCCACCGUGGCCCGCGGCUGCAGUGGGCUCCUCCAUCAAAUGUCACUCUGGCGCCACCAGUUGUCCGCGCCACUGCACACUCCCUGAUCUGUGAAGAUGGGACCCAACUGGAGGCAGAUACCAUGAUAUUCUGCACGGGGUACAAGUAUAAUUACCCGUUCUUGGUGCCCGAAGAAGAUGAUGGAAUGGAAGGAAUGCAGCAUCUUGUGUCCAAUGGUGUAGAGAAGGAGGCUGAGGGUUUGCUGGAACCUUUAAAAGACUCAAAGGCAGAUGAUGAACUUAAUAAAGAAGGCUUUGAGUUAUGCAACAAGCUUUCCAAUAUGGGUCUACUGGACGAUGAGCUGACGAUGCCCGAUGCCGGACAAGGACACCUCCCGCCGCUCUACAAACAUUUAAUCCAUGCGCGGUAUCCUACCCUGUGUUUCAUCGGCGCCUGCAAAAUAGUGGUACCCUUUCCGCUCUUUCACUGCCAGGCCCUCUUCUGUUUAGCGGCGCUGGAGGGGAAAUGCCCCUUGCCGUCUCCAGAACGAAUGCUUUCCGAGUCCCGCGAGGAGUUCAGGAGGCACCUCAGGUCAGGAGUCCACCCCAAGUAUCUGCACCGCCUCGAAGCAAAUCAGUGGGAUUAUAACCAAUGGCUGGCAGAGACGGCCGGGUUUGAACCGUUGCCACCCGUAUUGAAGAAGAUGUACGAAAGCUGCCGGCAGUUCAGAAACAUUAACCCCGUGUUAUACAGAGAUUACAAGUUUGACGUCGUGAACCGAGAGGAGUGUAGAGUAAGCGCUGCCCCUUCUGCAGACGCACAAGUUUGAUAUGGAUCGUCCUUCAUUCCAUCAGCAAGGAAUGGGCAAAAA